AGUGGCUGGGAUUUUCAUCCUCGGUAGGAUCAAGUGUGGCUGGGUGGUACCUGAGCCGAAAAUGGCGGUGUAGUUGAAAUUAAACCCAUAGCUGGCUGGGCACGAGCCUAGACAUCCCACACUCAUUUCCUUUUCCUGAUAGACGACCCCUGACAAUUUAUUCGAAACACUCAUUCACAUUCUGAAUACCUUGCUCUGUCUAUUCAUCAUGUCCGAACCCUCUUCAUCCUCAAGACCUUCUCUCCCAACGUCCUCCAUAGACUUUGCUUUACCACCGUCUUCAAGCUCAUCUACCCCAUCUUUGUCCACGGACGAUACCCAAACCAGCCCGUUACUACUACGAUUUCGUCGUCCCAGCAUAGCAACUUCCAAGUCUGGGUUUUACUCAGAAAAACGUCCUCAAAGCCCUCUGGUUGCCUCAUUCACCGCCCCACUCAAGAGACACCCGAGUCUCAAUGGCGAAGAGUCGGAGAGCGACAAAGAACGGAUGUGGAUGGACAGUUCGCCUUCCAGCAGCUCAGAGAACCCGACACCGCCAUCCGGCUCUCUCGAUGCACAUGAUGCUGAAAAUGAGGCUACCUCUGACGGAAAGGCUCCGUUGAGUCCGUCGACCCCCCCGCGAACGUUUUCUAUGCCUAGUAACACGGACGUCCUAGAUGCUCCAUCAAGGUCAACCUCAUCGCGUCGCCUCUCCUUUCCCAAUACUUAAUUUGCUCGCCGAAUCUCGCCCAGAAGAGAAUGAGGUGCAGUCGGAAGCUGCUUUCCAACGUCUGAUAUCCUCUUGUUCCGAUCUUCCAACUCAGCCUCGCACACCACGGGCACCCUCUGAUCGCGGCAGAUACCCUGAAGAAGCUGGGGAUGAAGACGCUCAAAGGGAGGACACCCCUAGCGACGAUGAGGAUGGGGAUGUUGGGGGACUAUUCGCAUUCGAAGCACAGAGCGAGGCGACCAGUAUCUUCAAACCUUGUACACCUGCUCAUAGCAUAAGCGGCGAGGAUCUAAAUAUGUCAUUAACUGGCAGCCCAGUUGUUGGAGCUAUGGAUGUAGAUAUGCCUUUACCAUCUCCGUCGAUGAUUUCAACACCAGCAUCGAUACAAUGGCGCUACACCCCUCCCCCUACUACCAGUGCUGUUCGCUCUACUAAACGAAAAUUCGACGAUCGCUUUGAUCCCUAUCCCACUGCUUCCCAAACGUCGCGCCAAUCUCAUCCAUCAUUUGUACCUCGCACUCCUAACAACAUUUCUCGGCUCCCAAUCCCAAUCGCCAUCCCCGUUUCAAGCGUCAGCUCAGCCGCAUCUUCCCCAACGGUGACUUACUCGUGCCCCGCCAUGCCGGGCUCAAGGCCUGUCAGUCUGGGCACGAUGAGUGUGACGUCAAGUCCGAUCAUGCGACCUACGUUGGGACUAGCUAGCCCUGUGUUGCGCCCGAUUCUGAGAUCCCGACGUGGGCUAGACGGGGAAGAAAGGGAGAUUGAAGGUGCUGGCGAGGCUGUGAACGGGCUGAGUCUUGGGUAGCUUCUGGGAUUAUGAAUUUUCUGGCGAUUGCGCUUGGUGGCACGGCUGAUGAGGCUCACUAGUAUGAAUAGAGAUGUGUUAGCUGGCUCGAGGAAAGCAUAGCCUUGUUCUGAAUUGUGUCUGUUAUGCAUAAAUGCAUUUCGGUCGGUGGUCUUCCCCGAUCCACUGAUAAGAUAAAUGUAAACCACAAAAAGAGCAUCAUUAAUAAUUAUUCUUCCGGU